GCUUUUAUACUUUAUAUGCAAACUGAAAUCUUUUAUUUUUGCAUAAGAUAUAGAAUUCACAAAAAUGUAUCGUGGUUCUUUGUCUAAAAUGUUACCACAGUUUGCGUAAAAAUCCUCACAGCAAUGCGGAAAGGACGACAUAUUAAUCCAAACAUUCCAAAAACGAUGAGUUAAUUAUGGCAACAUCAAACGAUACUGCAAUAAACUUUAACAAAUAACGUAAAAACAUAACAAUAGUGAUUAAACAAAACAUAACAAUAAUGAAAACUUAUAAAGUACUAGUAGUCGUAAAGAAAAAAAUUGCAUGCACAAGUUUGUAGAUGAAGAGUGAUCUGAAAUUUAAACAAUAAAGUUUAGAACAUCAUCACAUAACCUAAUUACAUCAUGCUAUCGGUCAUUACACACAUAUCAUUAUAUUCUCUUACACAUGUAAAUGUACUUCUAUCAAAAAAUAAUUGACCAACAUAGAAAAAUCAAAUUUGAAAUCACUUUUUACUUCCGAAAUAUAGCAAUCCUAUAUUAACAACAUCACAAAAGUGAAUGUAAACAAAAUUAAGUCAAUAUAACAAAUAACAGGAUUAUAACAUAUAUAUAUAGAUAAAAAUAAAAAAAACGGCGAUGACUUUGGCGAAGGCGAUUUCUAGGGUUCCAAGAUGACUUUUUCACGGUGGCGAGUUACGGAUCGACGAAGGAUCCAAGAGGGUGGAGAGAGGGCUCUAUGCUACAGGGAAGAUGAGGAGGAGUCGCGGGUUAGUGAGGGAUUCUGUGGUUUUAAUCGGUCGCGGGAAAUCUGGUUAGGUGAUUUGAGGGGUUGCGAUAAUCUCUUAGAAGGAUUGGAGUUGGUAACCUUCAAUUUACUAAGAGGAGAGGCUACAAGGGAUGAGGAGGAUAGGGAAACUUUUGGUAGUAGAUCGGGAUUUGGAUUGAUGGUCAUUAUCCGCAGAUGUUUGCGGUUCCUAGGUUGGAAGAGAGGAGAUAGGGGUGGAUCGGGUAGGAAGGGUCAUUUGCUGCUGAUCACGUAUUCGUGGAUGACAAGGGCUCUUCAAACUUUCACGAUAUUAUUCUCAAAGGACACAAGCAGAAGAGAGCAGGUUUGGUGGUCCAACAGUUUUACUUGGAUGUUUUGGACUUUAUGGGAGCCAAGACCGAAAAAAUGGUGUCACAUGGUAUUUUGGUACUUGGAUGCGGCUCAGGAUCGAGUCGUACGUUCACGCCGCAAAGUGUCAAUCUCUUCGACUGGUCUCUUUAAACCAGUUGCAGACAAGAGGCUUGGAGUUGGUGAAGGUCUUGAGCUUCUUUUUCAUGGCGACACAGACAUGUAAUAUUUCUAUGGUUGGGAACACAUAUGGUUUGUUGAUGGUGCUAAGGAGGAAUGAGAAGUCAUGGUGCGUCAGCUGGUUAGUGAGGAUUUCUGGUAGGAUAAAUAUUGGGUUCUUUCCUAUGAUGUUUGGUUUUUGGUGUCAUGGAUUAAAGAUGGUUUGGAAAAUUGAGAUUUGUAUUAAUAAUACACAUAUUAUAAAUAGAAAAAUAAUGAAGUUACUGGCUUA